GGGCCUGGCACUCCAGUCCGUUUUUUGCUGCGGAUCCAGGCAAGGGGGGCCGGCUCGGGGGGUGGGACUGCAAAGAGGGGGAUUCCCUCCCUCGUGCGAGCAGAGGACUGGCCCCUCUCCGGGCUGGGAGCUCGGGCAGAGCGGAGGCGCGACGGAGAGCACCAGCACUGGGCGGAGAGCGGGGAGCGGACCGCCGGAGUAGGGCAUUGCGGAGAGCGAGGGCCGGACCGAGCCGCCCCAAAGGACCGAUGCGCCGGGUGGGGCGCUGGCCCCGGAGGGCGUGAGCCGCCCGCAGAUUGAGCAACUUAGGAACGCGCAGGCGGAGCGCGGGCGAGCCGGGCGCCCAGGACAGUCCUGCGGCAGGCGGGCUAGCCGGCCGCGCCCUCGCCCCUCCCGAGCCUGCCCCCGCCGCGGCUGGCAGCGCGGAGGUUGGUUUUUGGAGGUGUCCCCGCUGAAGUGGCAACGAGUUCUCCCAUGUGACACACCCGAGGUGCCUUUGGGGAAAGCUCUCUGGACCUCCCAAUGGGCUGAUGAAGAAGUGGGCUCCCCACACCCUCUCUGUCCCCAACUGAGAUUAUGGUGGAUUUGGGAUACGGCCCAGGCCCGGGCCUCCUGCUGCUGAACCAGCCCCGCAGGUGUUAGCAAGAACCCUGCGCUGUCCAACCCCCCACCCCCCAAAGACCACCCCUUCUACCAGGGGCCUGGAGCUGGCAAGUGACUAUGCGGCUUGGGCUGUGUGUGGUGGUCCUGGUUCUGAGCUGGAUGCAUCUCGCUGCCGGCAGCCGGGGGAUCAAGGGCAAGAGGCAGAGGCGGAUCAGUGCGGAGGGGAGCCAGGCCUGUGCCAAAGGUUGUGAGCUCUGCUCUGAGGUCAACGGCUGCCUGAAGUGCUCGCCCAAGCUGUUCAUCCUGCUGGAGAGGAACGACAUUCGCCAGGUGGGCGUCUGCUUGCCUUCCUGCCCCCCGGGAUACUUCGAUGCCCGCAACCCCGACAUGAACAAGUGCAUCAAGUGCAAGAUUGAGCACUGUGAGGCCUGCUUCAGCCACAACUUCUGCACCAAGUGUAAGGAAAGCUUGUACCUGCAUAAGGGCCGUUGCUAUCCGGCCUGUCCCGAGGGCUCGGCGGCCGCCAACGGCACCAUGGAAUGCAGCAGUCCUGCACAAUGUGAAAUGAGCGAGUGGUCCCUGUGGGGGCCAUGCUCUAAGAAGAAGAGGCUCUGUGGCUUCCGGAGGGGCUCCGAAGAACGGACUCGGAGGGUGCUCCAUGCCCCUGGGGGGGACCAUGCUAUCUGUUCGGACACCAAGGAGACCCGCAGGUGCACAGUGCGAAGGACACCCUGUCCUGAGGGGCAGAAGAGGAGGAAAGGGGGCCAGGGCCGGCGGGAGAACGCCAACAGGAACCCGAGCAGGAAGGAGAGCAAGGAGGCGGGCGCCGGCUCUCGGAGACGCAAGGGCCACCAACAGCCACAGCACCAAGGAACAGUGGGGCCGGUCACGCCUGCGGGGCCCACCUAGGGAUGACUGUCACCUCCAGGCCCACGCAGGAAGAGUCCAGCGCUGCUCUGUGUGAUGAAAGCUUUACUGAACUGGAGCGCUGGGGGCAAAGCGUGUACGUGCUCUCCAUGCAUAUAUGGACACACAGACACACACACACACACACAGGGCCCAUGUUCAAACAUGCAACCAACAUACACAUAUGUGCACACGUGCGCGCGUGCACACACACACACACACAAAACCAAGGCCACCGGAAGACACUUCUAUCUCUUGGACAUCACUGCAGGAGCAGGGUGGGGAGGUAGAGGGGGUCCCCUUUGCCUGGUAGAGGGCCCAGUGGCACAGACUUGGCUUGCGAUGCUCCCAAGGGACAUGUCAGAGGAAACAUUUCCCAGCGUCCAAGCCCAAAGAGAGUGGAUCCUUCUGGAGGAGCUGAUAGGAUCCGCCCAGCAUGGCAGACAGGAGCCAGAGCUUGGGGACUGUUCAGCAUUUCCAGCUGUGUGACUUUAUCCUUGGAGAGUACUGUUAUACGCCCAUGAUCCGUAUCAGGGCUGCCCCGACUCUGAAAACUGUUCACAGGUUUAUUUCAAAUUAAAAACAAAACCAAAUGACAAUGGUAGCCACAGGCACCAUGUUCCUUCACAGGGGACAAGGAUUGGUGGGUUACCUGGGAGCAGGACAGGACAGGGCUGAAUUUCAAAAGACCCCCUCAUGGGCCCCUGGGCAGAAGGCCCAGAGCAGGAAGAAAACUUUGAGGCUACUCUGAGGGUGAUAACCAGGUUCUCUGCAGCCUUAUUUGUCACUCAAAGUGUGGUUUGUGGACCAGCAUUCACGUUAUCACCGGGCAGUUUAGAAGAGAGAGUCUCAGGUCCCAUCUCAGACCUGAUGAACCAGAGUCUGCAUUACAAUGAGGUCUCGGGUCACUGGAACGCGCGUUCAAGUUUAAGAAGCUCUGCUCUGAUCACGUCUAUGGUGGGAACCAAGGUCCUGGCCAUCUUGUCACAGGAGGGAUGCUGGUCCCCUGUUAAGGAAGACUUCCUAUCCAGGAGAGGUAGAAUCUGAGUCCUAGAGCACUGUAGUGACACCCUAGUGGGAGGGAGUGCUCAGGCUCCCCAAGACAGUUGAGGACUGUUGGAUCCAAGGACAGGACAGCGGACAGCAUGACCUCCUGUGGCAUUCUCAAGUGUCCACUGGCAACCAUGUGGGCCAUAUGGGCCCUGGACUGAGGGGUUUCUAGGGGGAACCAGGCAUAGGCCUUGCUCUCCUGGAGUUAGAAGUUGGUCAAGGUAACAGGCAUGAACAAAAGAAGCAUCCCAAUAAAUAUGUAAUUACCAAUGGGUAGGGUUAAGACCAGGCAACUACUGGCACAUACACAGAUCUAUAAAGGUAAAUAAAAAUAAGGCUUUAUCUCAGGGAAGCUUUUCAGAGGAGGUGGUAUUUGAGCCAAGCUCUGAAGGAUGAGUAGGAGUUAGGACAAAGAGAAGGGAUGGUGUUCUAGACCAGUGCUGUCUGAUAGAAAUACCAGAUGAGCCACUGACGUGAUUUAAAAUUUUUCUAGUAGCCACAUAUAAUGAGUAAAAAAGCAACAGGUGAAGUUCAUUUUAAUUAUAGCCAUUUAUUAAUUUAAUUACUAUUAUACCAAGUAUAUGCUCAAAUGUUAUCUUUUUAACAUGUAAUCAAUAUAAAAAUUAUUAACAACAUCUUUCACAUUCUUUUUUUUUUUUUCAAACUAAGUCUUCAACACUCUGUGUAUUUUUGCACUUCACAGCAUAUCUUAAUUUGGACACUAAA